AUGUCGACUGGGGAGGCGCUAAUUCGUCCCGAGUCCCGAGUCGCCUUAAUCCGAGCCGCCGUUCGUCGGUUGGUCGGUUGGUCGGUCCGCAAGCGAUCGACCGUCGGCCAAAUCGAGCGGAACGGCCAAGAGUCGGCAAGUGAGGCGACGAAAUUGGUCAUCGAAGCGAUGGGCGGCGAACUAGAGGCCGAAAAAAGCCGACAGGCAGGCGAGUAA